GCGCACGGGCAUCUCGGCGCGGUGCACAUGGCGCUGGGCAACUACACGCACGCGGUCAAGUGCUACCAGGAGCAGCUGGAGCGGGCCCAGGAGCUGCAGGACUCGGCGGUGGAGGCGCAAGCGUUCGGCAACCUGGGCAUCGCGCGGCUCAACAUGGGCCACUACGAAGACGCGAUCGGGUACCUCGAGCAACAGCUCGGCACGCUCGAGCAAGUAAGCUCGCCGACCGCCCAGCACGAUCGGGCGCGGGCCCUCGGCCACCUGGGAGACUGUUACGACGCGCUCGGCGACUACCACACCGAAGCGAUCAAAUGCCACGAGCGGCACCUGCAGCUAGCGAUCGCACUGCAAAGCCCCCGGGACCAGGAGCGGGCGUACCGGGGCCUCGGCAACUGCUACAAAUCCGUCGGCAACCUGCAGGAGGCGCUCGUGUGCCUCGAGAAGCGGCUGGUCGUGUCGCACGAGCUGGGCAGUGCGGAGGCGAAGGCGGCCGCGUACGGUGACCUCGGCAGCAUCCACAGCGCCCUCGGCAACUACGAGCAGGCGAUCAACUGCCUCGAGCACCAGCGGGACAUUGCGCGCGAGCUGGGCGACCGGGUGCUGACGUCCGACGCGAUCAGCGGGCUCGGCGCCGUGUUCCAGCAGAUGGGCGACUACGACGAGUCGCUGCGCCUGCACAAGCAGGACCUGGAGCUGGGCGAAAGCGUGAACCACGCGACGCUGCAGGCACGGGCCAGCGGCAACCUCGGCUCCGUGUACGAUGCGCUGCGCAACUACGCCGAGUCGGCCCGCUACUACGAGAAGCAGCUCACCCUGACCGCCGACCGGCAGACGAAGGCGCACGCCUGCCUUGCCCUCGGCCGGGUGUACCACGCGAUGGAGCAGGUGCCGCAGGCGGUCGGCUUCCUGCGGCAGGGGCUCGCCAUCGCCCAGUCGCUCAACAAGCUGGAGGACGAGGCGAAGCUGCGCUACCGGCUCGGGCUGGCGCUCGUUGCGUCCGGCGAGGACGAUGCCGCCCGCCAGCAGAUGGAAAGUGCGGCCCAAAUUCUCGAGUCGAUCCGGAGCGAUCAGGUGACGCCGGAAGGGCGCACCCAGCUGUACGACCUGCAGACCGCCUGCUACCAGACGCUGCAGCGCGUGCUGGUCGGGCUGGGGCGCACCGAGGAGGCGCUCGUCGCGGCCGAACGGUGCCGGUCGCGCCUCGGCGCCGACUCGAACCAGAGCGCGGAAAACUCGCUCAACAACCGGAAAACGCUGCUCACCUGCAGCGAGUACAUCUUCGACACGGUCAACCGCAGCAAGACGAGCAUCAUCUACUACAGCCUGGCCGGGGCCGACCUGUACGCGUGGUUCCUGCAGCCCCAGAAGCGCAUCGUGCGCUUUCACGCAACCAAACUGGACGACCAAACGCUGCCGAUGCUGAAGCAGAAGGCGCUGGCGGGACCGGCUGGUGCCAGCACAGCCACCCUGGACACGAAGGGUGGAGGAGGUGGUAAGCUGGUGGUGCAGGAGGGUGCAGGCGGUGACGACGGGUCGAUGGGCGACGAGCAGAGCCUGCUGGCGCGGUACAUCAACUACGUGCGCGACUGUCUCGGCGUCAACUCGGGCAGCGUGCUGCAGGAGGGCGACGGCAGUGGCUGGAAGUCGUCGAGCGAGAACCUGAUCGACGAUUUCACGAACGAGCGGGCCGGCUUUCUGCGCAUGGUCAACCGGAACCAUCUGCUCAACUCGAGCAACUACUCGCUCAGCUCGCUGUUCAGCCUCGGGAGUGUCGGUGGCUCGGUCGCCAGUCUGCAGGGCUCAACACGAUCGAUCGGAAGCCUGCAGGGAUCGACACGCUCGAGACGCUCGAACAUGCUGCCACCGUGGCAGGGACCGUCCUGUCUGCACGUCCUCUACAAUCUGCUGCUGGCGCCGUUCGAGGACCUGCUGCCGGACAUUAGCACAACUGCUCGAAUUGGGCGCCGUGAGCUGAUUCUCGUGCUGGAGAAGGAACUGUACCUGGUGCCGUUCGCCAUCCUGCGCAGUGGCGAUGAGGAUGGCGAGUAUCUGUCGGAACGGUGCUCGUUGCUUACCGUGCCGUCGCUGCACACGCUACGCCAGAAGAGUCGCAUCAAGACGCGUGAACCUGCUGAAGGGCUGAACAGUGCGCUCGUGAUCGGCGGACCAAAGAUACCGUCCUCGCUGUCGGACACGUGGGGCUGGUCGGAUUCGCCCGCCUCGCUGCAGGAGGCGGCCAUGGUGUCCGACAUGCUCAACACGAAGCCGCUCGUCAGCACGAGCGCAACCAAAGAGGCGAUCGUGUCGGAGCUGCCGGCCGCCGAGUGCGUCCACUUUGCCGCGAACGUGAGCUGGAAGCUGGGCGCGGUCGUGCUCAGCCCGGGCGAGGUGCUCGAUUCACCGAGCACUGGCAAGCGGUUCUAUCCGAGCGCGGCCGGUGAACUGCUCGGCGCCGACAACGACGAAGAGCCGACCGACCUGUCCACCACCAACAUGGAAAUACCGCCCCUGUCCGACUUCAUACUGAGUGCGGCCGAUCUGCUGUCGAUGAGGCUCACCGCCAAGCUGGUCGUGCUGAGCUCGUACCACUCGGUCGAACCGAUCACGGGCAGCGGAGUGGCAAAUCUUGCCAGCAGCUGGCUGUUUGCCGGCACCGGUGCCGUGCUCGUGUCGCUCUGGCCCGUGCCGGAAACGGCCGCCAAGAUACUGCUGCGUGCGUUCUACUCCGCACUGCUGCAGGGUACGCGCGCCGCCCGUGCGCUGGCGGAAGCGAUGCAAACCGUGCAGCACACGAAGCACUUUGCCCAUCCGGCGAACUGGGCCGGCUUCAUCCUGAUCGGCGGGAACGUGCGGCUGUCCAACAAGGUGGCACUGAUCGGGCAGGCGCUGUGCGAGCUGAUGCGCACGCCGGACAAGUGCCGGGACGCGUUGCGCGUCUGUCUGCAUCUGGUGGAGAAGAGCUUGCAGCGCAUCCACCGCGGCCAGAAGAACGCAAUGUACACGACGCAGAAGAGCAUCGACAACAAGGCGGGCCCGGUGAGCGGCUGGAAGGAUCUGCUGAUGGCGGUCGGGUUCCGGUUCGAGCCGGCCGCCAACGGCAUCCCGUCGAGCGUGUUCUUCCCGCAGAGCGACCCGGAGGACCGGCUGUCCCAGUGCUCGGCGAGCCUGCAGGCGCUGCUCGGGCUGUCCCCGACCACCCUGCACGCGCUGUCGAAGCUGGUGCACGGGGCGGAGAUAGCGGACGAAAUCAUUGGCGUGAUGCGCAACGUGGUGGCGCAGUUCCCGUCCAAGGCGACCGACAACGAGAGCGCGAUCGAUGUGCCGCUGAGCGUGCGGCUGUGGCGUGUGUCCGGCUGCCACGAGCUGCUCGCCUCGCUCGGGUUCGACCUGAUGGAGGUGGGCCAGGAUCAGGUGACGCUGCGCACCGGGAAGCAGGCGAACCGGCGCAACUGCCAGUUCGUGCUGCAAGCGCUGCUGGCACUGUUCGACACGCAGGAGGCGCCCAAGAGCUUGGGCAUCGAGUCGAGCAGCAGCUCGGAGUCGCUGAACGAGGAGGACGAGCAGGACGAGCAGGGUGCCGCCGCGGCGCAACAAUCAACCGGCCAACAGUCGCAGCAAUCGCAGUCACAGUCUGCGCAGCAGCAGCAGCAGCAGCAACAGUCGUCGCAGCAACAAGUGACGCAACAGCAACAGCAGCAGCAGAUGAAAGUGUCCUCCAGCGUGAGUCCAACGCCAACGAGCGGGGACUCGCAGCAACGUAGCAUCUCACCGGCCGUCACGGUCAAAUCGCAGUCGAGCUAUAACUUCUCCCGCCCUCCACUGCCGCUGCGCCGCGUCCCGUUCCUGAGCACGCGCAGCGCCUUCAUCUCGUACGUGCGGCGCCGCGGCGAACCGGACGGUGGCCAGACGGACAGUGCGCAAACGGCACCGGCCGCCAAUGGACCUGCGCUCGACACCAGUCUGGCCAACACCACCGACAGUGAGCUGUCGGAUGGGUACACCACGCAGCAGAUUCUGCUCAAGAGCGACCAUCUCGCCAAGGGACUCGGCUACUCGAGCCUGCGCGGUACGAUCAAGGUGUCGCGACCGGGCGGUGGCGGCGAGAGUGAUGCCGCCUUUACGCCGAGCCCUCCGGUCACGAUCCAAACCGUCGAUCAGAACGUCUCGCUCGCGCUGGCCCACCAGACGCGCAUCAAGAACCUGUACACCAACAAUGGCAACGGGCUGCUGCACGGCACGAUGAACGGUGGCCACGGGCAGACGGCUGCCCCGUCCGGGCUGGCGUCCGGGUACGCCGGCCUACCGGACGGGGUGCACCACCAUCCCAACCCGGUCCACCAUCAUCGCCGGCCGGACAGCUCCAGUUCCGCCAGCUCGGCCACGGACUGGGAGGGUUCGGGGCACGCGACCGUCCUGCGCCGGGCCGCCGGCCACCAGGGCCAUCAUCUGCCGCCGCUACCGCCGCCCCGCCAGACGCUGCCGAUGGUGGAGAGUUUGCGGCCGCUCGCACCGCUCGCCCCGGUCUACAACAACAUCAAUGGGGCGGUCGGACCGUCGUCCGUUGGUGGUGUUGUUGGCGUCGCCGGCGGCAAGAGUGGCGGCCAGAAAUCGCUCUCGGUGCUCGAAUCGACCAGCUCCGAUUCGGAGUUUGAGCGCUCGUUCGAUCUGCCGCCCGGUGGCCCGGGCCCCUCCAAUGCGGCCUCCAUCAGCAGCAAGCUCACCUCGCUGGCGCACAGCCUGCAGAGUAUGCGCACGCGCAACAAGCUGAAGAUGGGCCCGAUGCCACACAUCCCCACCGCCGCCGGUCAGCAGCAUCUGCAGCAGCACCACCAACAGCAGCAGCAGCAGCAUCAGCAGCAACAACAGCAACAACAACUCCACCAGCAACAGCUCCACGGCCAUCCGCUGCACAGCACGACCAGCACGAUCAGCCGCUCGAAGCUGCCGGUCGAUCAGUUCGGCUUUCUCGAUCGGCUCAGCUGCCGGACCGAGAUCUCAUCGGCGGCCACACUCGGCAGCCUUGCCGCGCCGCCCCGCAAACCCCUCUCGACCCUGCCGGACGACGAGCGUACGCUGAACCUGAACGCGAACAAGCUCUACUUCUCGCCGACCGACGCCGAAAUGCUGCCGCUGGCGGAAGCAUCCCCGGCCGAUCUGGGCCUCGGCGGCAAGGUUGCGGCCUCGCACACAGCCUCGGCCCACGCACCACCGCUGGGCGGUGUCGGUGCGGGCGCCCCCGGACCGGGCGCCGCGUCCAGCAAGGACGUUCAGCCGGGCGCGAAAUCGAGCCAGAAAACGAUCCAAGACUCGAUCCUGCGCCACAUGUCGCGCGAGAUGACACCGACCAUCUCGGAGGUGUACCACGAGCGCAACAUCGGGCUCGGGCUGGCGCCGUCCCUGUCCAAGCUGCUGCUCAGCAAAAACUACGACGAAUCGCCCGACCUGGGCAAGGGCAGUGGCAGCAACAGCAGCAACGGUGGUGGUGCCGGUGCCGGUGGUGCAUUAUCGGCAGGCGGGGCCAGUUCGGCCGCGGCAGCGGCCGCCUCGAUGCUGAACAAACCGAGCGCCGCCCUCACGGUGGGCAAUCUGGCCGAGGCGAUGAACGAGAUCGAGAUGAACGCGACCACGUCGAGCAAGCUGGACGAGGGCGCCUGUGCCAUCUGCCAUUCGCCGUCCGAUCUGCUGUGCGGGUGCAGCGCCACCUCGACCGUGGCCGCCGUCGCCGCGAUGACGGCCGCGCUCGGCGCAAGCACGAUGGCGAAAAAGUCCAGCUCGAACAAACCGUGGCUGAGCAACGUGUCGCCGAACAUCGUGAAGGCGAGCGAUCUGACCACGGCCGACAUACUGGAGCAGCAGAAGCAGCUGAAAUCGUCCGUCAGCAGCGGGCUGACGAGCAAUCUGUCCUCCUCGACCGAGAACUCCCUCUCGACCGUGGUCAAGCGGAGCGGUUCGCCGUUUUCCGACCUGUCGCGGCGCGACGAAGGGGACGGCCGCAGCGUGGCCGAUUCGCAGUGCUCCGGCAGCUUCCGGACCGACAUUACCGGCUCGACCGUUGCUACCUCCAAGAGUCAGCAGCAGCAGCAGCAGAUCGUCUCCUCCUCCUCCCAGCAGCAGCAGCAGCAGCAGCAGCAAAAGCAACAAUCAACACAGCAACAGCAGCUACAAACACAGCAAAGCACCGGUGGUGGCGGCGAUCCGAAUGGUUCGUCCGCGGCACAGCAGAUGGCGUCGUCCGUAACCAUGCCAACCGGCACGACCGUAACGCAGCAAAGGGGAAAGUACAUCAUAGACACGUGAGCCAUGGUGUGCUCACCUUCCCAAGGGACGACUCCCAUAGUGUUGGGAGGUUAGCUCAACCCAGAGAAAGACUGUUUAGAUAGAACGUACAUUAAAAACUGUGUACAGAUUUUUAAUGUGAGUGUAUGUAUGUUGUGUGUAAGAUAUGAACAGAUUUUAAAGAAAGGAUUACAGAGCUAGGAAGUGCAGCAUUUAUGUAACUUUGGCUCCUCCCACCAAGUUUUUUGUACAGGUAAUAGGAAAGUAAUAGGUAUUUUAAUCAAUAGAAAACGGUCGUUCGUAAUGUUUAGCAACCCUUCCCAGGUGAAGAUGAUAUUAACUGUAACAUACAUGCUAAACAUGAUAUUUAUGUUCAGCAGAUGGAGAGUUGUACUCCUUCUUCGUUACGCUAAGUUAUUGAAAAAAACCCUUGCGGGAGCCAAUUUUCAUU